AUGGAAAAUCAAUUCAAUGCGAAAUUAGAAUGUGUCACGGAUUUUAGCUUAUUUGAAAAAUUAAAAAAAUCGAUCAUAAAGGACAAUGUGAACGAACUGUACAUAUCCUCGUUAAGAUCCAUUUUGGAAAAGUUAAAGGACCCAGUUGUUGAUACCAAUCACAUCAUUUGCAAUCACCAGUACGCAGAAGCGGUUCUCUUUUUUUACGCAACUUUAAUUAUUGAAAAAUAUGAAUUCGUUUCUAUCUUUUGUGAAGAUAUACUUUCAAGGAACAGAUUUGAAGAUGUAGUGGAAAAGUUAAAAAGGAUAAAAGUGAAACAUGUAGAGAGUUUGAGUAAGAUAAAAAAAAUAAUUGUAGAAAAUAUAGACAACUGUGAGAAGUGCUUGAUGAUUUACUAUCUGUUGCAGAAGGAGUUCCUAGAAAUGAUGUCCAUGUUUACAAAAAAUGACGAAUCAUUAAUAAAUUUCGUGAAAAGAGAAAUUUUCAAGUUCAAUUUUAAUCGACUAUUUAAUAAGAUCAUUUGUCCUGUGGAAUACGACAAAGUCGAUUCUGUUGUACUAGAGCUUAUGCUAAAUGGGGGUAAAAUAUUUCAAGUGAAUGAUAAUUACCAGUUGGAGACGAGCCAGAUAAAUCAGGCCAACCUGAAAUUAUUCACGGAGAAAUUUCUAAGUUUAAAAAAUGACAGUAUAUAUGAUAUUAUAAAAAAGUAUGCCCCCCAUGAGUCGCUAGUUUUUCUUUGCAAUCUUGUCCACAUGGAGUUUAAGAAGUGUAAAAAGUUGCUAACAAAAGUGGAUGGCCAAAUGUGUAAGGAGAUAAGUGGUCCAAACGAUGACUUAAAAAAUUGCAAGGAGAACGAACCGGAAGAAAAUUGGGAUAGCUAUAAUAUCACGGAAAAUUUGCAGUCAUAUGUGUAUGUGCAUAUAUUCCUCCUCUUCCAACAUAGGGAAGUGGAAAAUAGCAUAAUAAAAGUGCUGAAGGAUAAAAUUAUCCUUUACUCGUUAAUGCUGAACGCGCUGAGAUAUGCGGACAAUUUUGUCCAGCUGAUCAUUUUCAAAAUUAUAAAUUUUACCUUCAUAAAUGACGACAACUUUUUAAAUGAUUCAAAUAAAAAAUUGAUAAUAUCUAUUUUGUCCUACUGGGUGAAGCUAGCAGACGCUUGCAUAAUUAAAAUGAUAAACACGAGUUUGCCUGAGGGGAAUGUCGGCCCGAAUGCGCUAAAAACUGAUAAUUUUUUUUUACAAAAAAAAUUUUCAGAAUAUGACAUUUUGAAAUACAUACAGUGUUUAAUCAGUGCAAUAUAUCUUCUAUCCCUUAUUAAGCGGAGGAGCAAAACGGAAGCGUCUAAUUUGUCAGCGGAGCAGUCAACUCUGCAGAAGUAUAAGCGCAGUAUGACCUUUUAUAUGAAUGAAUAUAAUUUGGAGAGCUUAUCCUUGAAGGCCUUUUUUACAAAGAAUGACGCGUAUGACUAUUUCUUGGGUAUCCUAUUUUCAGAAAAUAAAGAAGUAAUUAAUAAGCUGUUUAAUUUAAUAUUCAAGCUGUUGCACUUUGUAAAAAGUUCCAAAUUGUACAUUUCGAAAAACACCAAUGUGAAGAAUAAAUAUUUUGAGGAAGCCACUACAUUUUCUUGCAUAAAUAUUGUGUACAACAUUUUGGACGUGACGAAAAGGAUGUUUAUGAAUUCGUUCGAGGUCGAUGAGUAUACAAAAAAUUUGUACAAAAAAUGUCUCAGAGAAAGGAGAAGCGCCUUUGAUUGCAUCGUUUUGCACUCCUUUCCGCAGUUUAUCACCCACAGGGAUUACUACGUCCGUUUGUACGCAGUUAAGGUUUUGUCAACCCUUUUGUCCGAUUCGACCAUUCGGGAUUCCCUGGAGAAGAACACCAUUUUUGAAAUCUUCGAUUCGCUCAUGGGCAUGAAGUUCCACACCGACCAACAGAAAAGGAACGAUGAGAGGAAGAACGUAAAUACUUUGCUCCUGCUCCUGUUGAAGGCAAAUAUAAGGGACAGCAAAUAUUCCGGUAAAACGACAAACAUAAUAUUCAGCGAUAAACAGAAAGAUGUUAAGAAGUACAUUGCGUCCAUCUGCGAUGAUGGUUUCCCCUUUCUAGAUUUGAAAACCAUGUUUGAGUAUUUUUUUGUCUUGCUUGUAAAAUUAAUCAACGUCAUUGUAAAAAGGGUGUUGUCCCUUUUGGAGAUAGAAAAGUAUAAGGCGCUAUUUAUGAAUGUCUUCGAAAUUUUAGAACUGUUCAUGAAGGAAUUAAAAAAGGAGAGGAGCAAGAAGUGCAGAUCUGUUUUCUUCUCCGCAGCUAUGUAUUUUUCGCACUUGAUUUCGAAUAGCAUAUAUAAGUCCAAGGUGCAUUCCUCUGUUCCUUUUCUGAAUAAGAUUUUUAACCUAAUUAAAAAUAUUGAAAAUUACGUAGAUUUGAUGUAUGACGAUUUGGUUACUCUUAAGGAUGCACAGGAGGAGCUCUCCGAGGCGGGAACGUAUGAAGAAGAACUAUCUGAGGACGGAACGUAUGAGGAGGGGGUAACUGAAGAGGGGCUGUUUGACGAAGGAUUAUCAGAUGAUGAGGUGUAUUAUUCUAGUGAUUCAAAUUCGAAGAGCAUGAAGGAUGUGCACAUGCUCUAUUUUUAUAGUAACACGUUUUGUGAGGAUGAACAGGGGGGAGGAAAGAAGGGACCAACUGCUGCUACCCCGGAUAGGAACAGCACAAAUAAUAGGAGUGGUGGCUCCACGGGGGGUUUGCUACACCAUGUUAACAAAGAGGAAGCGGAGAGGUCCAACUCAAAUGGGUUAAGCAGGUUCAAAGUGUUCAUGAAUAGGUCAAUCACGAAGAGCAAAGUGAACGAAGAAGGGAUUUACAAUUACAUGCACAGUUUUUUUUUUCUAUGCGUAAGUAAUGCAAGUAUGAAAACUAGAAGGCAUGUGGUAAAAUCGUUCGACCUGAUUACGAAGUAUAUCGUGAAGGAUGAAUACAGAUUAAAUAGAGUCAAAAAGAAAAGCGGCAUUUUCUCUCCGCCAAUUGUAAUUAUUAGAGAUGUGGAAAAUGAAGACAAAAGGUAUAAUAUAAUAAUUGAUAAAUAUGACUAUAUGUUAAGAAGCUACGUAGUGGAUUUUUUCAAGUCGAAAAGGUACAUGUACAGUUUUCUACUGUCAGUCUUCCAGUUUAGCAACAUAAUGAUUUUGUAUUUAAAAAAAACUCAUUUCAUAAGCAACGAUUUUGAUGAAAAAUUGGAUGUGCUAGAAUGCUUCAUGCUGGUAAAUUCCAAGUCUUGGUUUUACCUAAAUGUUGCGAUUGAAUGUGUGCAGAAAUAUAUGCAGAAGAGAAAAGCGGAUCAGUUCCUACUGCGAAUCCUUAAUUUGAUAGUAGACAAUGUGUGGAAAAUUAUCAUAUUCAUCGUUUUUAAUAUAAAAAUAAAAACCUUUUCGAUAAAGUCCAAGACGCAUUCUAUACGUAUUUUCGCAAGAGACUCCUUGCUACUAUUUUUGAACUUUUUUUCCACAUGGAUUUUGUUCAUCAGAAAAUUUUAUGCAAAAGGGGAUCCUUUUCCCCCGGAUGUUAUACUACCUGAAUUAUUCUUCAGAAAGUUUGGCAGCCUCUCUGUGCAAAUUUUAACCAUCUUCAAUUUUGUCGAAUCGAAUUUGUCCUCACCUAGUCACCAUGAAACGAAUGCAUCAUUGUUAAUAAGGCAGAAAGAAAUCAUGGGCAACAUUUUAGAUGCACUGAUAGGUCUGGCAAAAGAUAAGGUGCCGCAUGGCCAUGAAAACGAUUUGAAUAGUCUUCUCCAGUUUAAACUAAAAUUGAACAGUUUGGCAACGCCAAAAAAUGUCCAGCAACUGACUCAUGCCUGCGAUUAUGAAGCAGUGUUUACUAAAAAGAAGCAAAUGUUAAUCGGUAAGGAGAAAGAGAAUGAUAUAUUCGUUACAGGGUUGGAGGCCACAGAGGGAAGCGGCGCAGCGUAUCUGGGUAGGUUCAUCAUAUUAGGCGGCUGGGUGAAUGCCCCCAACGCGGCGAAUUUGGCGAACCUGGCGAACUUGGCGAACAGUAACGACCCCGGCUGCAAACAUAUCUCGCGCCCCGGGCGGGAGCAUAACUCGGAUGGCUUUACGGGCAACAACGAGAAGGAGCUUGAAGCGGGGAGAUCAAGAUCGACACCGAAAGCAGCAUUGGGAGUAGCGCUAGGAGUAGCGUCCAGGUCGGCGUCCAGGUCGCACUCCCCCUCGAACAGCCUAAGUUCAAAGGAUGGCAAAUGCAAAGAAGCUGAAGGAAAGGAAAGCCAACCUAAUUUGGACCACUUGCCAGAGGAAAUGAGUAAGGAAGCAGCCUUGGAGAGGGCCAAAAAAAUUUUAGAAAAAACGGCUGCCUUCAAAACGCAGAAGAGAGCCAUCGUACUGAACGAAACAAAUGCGAAGAAUAAUAAGCAUGAAUAUUUUAAAGAGAUGAAGGAAAAGAGGCUGGAGGCAGAGAAUAGCAUGAAUAAGUACUACGUCAUGUUGCAGGAGUUCCUCAAUUGGGACUUUAGCUCUUUGGAGAGCAUUGGGAAGUACAAGAAGUGCAUUAAUGAGGAGAUCCCCCUGCGAUUCAGGAGCGAGGAGGAAUACUACAGAUUUUUUAAACCAAUGGUGCUGGAAGAGUGUAGAUGCUGCAUCGUCAACAAAAUGGCGGGCAGUACACACAAGUACGUGCUGAACUUGGUAGCGAAGAAGAAAACGUCCUACUGGAUAGAAUGGCAGAUGUCGUUGGCAAAUGAGAACACGGCAAUCGCGGAUAGCUUAAAGCCAAUGGAUUUGAUUGCCCUAAUUCCAUUCGAAAGUGAGAGAAACGUCUUGUUGGAUAACGACAAAGGGACUGUUAAGUAUCAUAAUUUGAAAAAGAUUUUAAAAUACAAUAAACAUUUAAUAGGGUUGAUAGAUUUUUCGAUGAAUAAAACGGAAAACAUGUGCGACGUUAAGUUAAUUAAUGAAGACAUUUUCCCCCCAAUAUCGGGAAAUGAAAAUAAUAGAUUAAAAUUAAAUUGCCUUACGUGUAAUAAGUUUAAUGCCUAUUUUUUGUGUAACUUAAUGACAAAUAUAAGAGAAUUUCAGAGCGUCUAUUUGAGUAGGAACUCCUCCCUAUUUAGCAUAAUUCUGAACCCUACCUUGUGUAAUAGCAACUUGAAGGAAACCAAAAAGAGGUCCUUUAGCAACGGUUGCUUGGAUGAAGAAAAUAGGGGAGCGGACAUGUGGAGAAGCAAUUUAUCCACCAUGGAAAAGUACAUAUUGAGUGUUAUGAAAGAUUAUAAUUUAUUGAAUGCGUCUCAAAUAGAGGCCGUUAAAAUGGUUUUCCUGAAUAAAAAUAGCAUUUCGUUAAUACAAGGCCCACCAGGCACAGGCAAGACGAAAACGGUUAUUGGGAUUAUAUCCGCUUUGUACGCAAUUAUUAAUCACAGGAAUUGUGAGGAAAAAAGAGAACUACCCAAAAAAAAGAAGGAUUGUGCUUAUAAUGAGCAGAGCGAAAAUUGCAAUAAAAAAAUUUUGGUUUGUUCCCCCUCCAAUUCUGCGAUCGACGAGAUUGCCAAGAGGAUCCUAAAUGAUGGGUUAAUAAAUUUUGCCAGCAUUGGUGGCCCGCAAGGUGGCGGCAAAAGGGGCAGCGGCAGUAGCAGUAGGAACAACAGCAGCAACAACAGCAGCAACAACAGCAGUAACAGCAACGGUAGCAGCAAUAACAGAAGCAACAUGGGCCUAUUUUGGGGCGGCGGCCAGGUUAACAGUGGAACGGUUCCAAAGAUGAAGAAAAUGAUGAACGCGCAAAAUGCACACAAAAGAGCGAAAAGCGGGAAUGCAGAGGAAAGCCACACUAGGGAUAGGGACUUCCCAAAACAAACCAUCACGCCUAAGUGCAUCCGAAUAGGUAUAUCGAAGAGGACCCAUGAAGAAAUACAACCCAUUUCGCUAGAUUACAUAUUUAGUAAGAGAAAAAAUAUGGAAAAAAACGUGUACGAAACGCGCUUUAAUGAUAAAAAGAAUAAAAUAUCUCUUUGUGUUAAGGCGAUAGAUCACACAUGUGACAGAGUGGAAGAAGUGAGAGGCAAAUUAAAUCACAACGAUUCUAAGAAGUACUGCUUCGAUUUUAACGAAACCAAAUCUAAGUCAUCAUCGCUUGAAAAAAUUGAAAAUGCAAACGACUUUUUUCCAGAAGAAAUUAUAAGCAAUGUGGAUAUAAAAUAUUUAGAAAAAUUGCUAUACCUAUUUAAUGAAUCUUUUUCUCAUUACGAAUGGAGUUUGGAAAAACUGAAAGCAGAAAAAAAAUGCUUUGACGAGAAAAAACAAAAAUUGAUAGAAACGGACAAGGAAAUAGGUUCCUUCUAUGCAAAUAGUAAUAAAGACAAUAUGGUUUUCGAAAGUGAAGUGAUAUUUAGCACCCUAUCGGGAAGUGCAUCUCCCGUAAUUGAAAACUUAGAAUUUGAAUACUUAAUAAUAGAUGAAGCUUGUCAGUGUGUGGAAUUAAGUUGCUUAAUACCUUUCAGAUUAAAAAUAAAAAAUGUAAUUAUGUUGGGAGAUCCAAAGCAGUUGCCAGCCACCACGUUUUCGUCUGAUUGUACAAAAUAUGGGUACAGCAGAUCACUUUUUGAAAGGCUGCUACUGUGUAAUGCGCCAAACGUUUUGCUGAAUGUGCAGUAUCGUAUGAGAGAAGAAAUAUGCUGCUUCCCGAACAUGUAUUUUUACAAAGGGUUGAUAAAAAAUGAUGAAAAUUUAAUGAACAAGCCUUCAUUUUAUUUGCAUUAUUUAAAUCUAUAUGGGUGUUAUAAAUUUAUCAAUAUCGAGGGAAUAGAGUCCACCACAUAUCAUAAGUCGUACAUUAAUUAUGUGGAGGCCUAUUUCAUAUUCAAAUUAGUAUUAUACAUUCACCACUUUUUUAGUAACAAAAAUGGUGAAAAUCCAAUUCCUAGUUUUUACAAAUUGUCUGCGAAUUUUAGCUUAAGUGAUAUAGGAAUUAUUUGUCCUUACCUAUCUCAAGUGCAUUUGAUAAAAAGAAUGUUUGAAGAUCAUUUUCCUUUGAGUAGCUCGCCGGAAGUUUCCACGGUGGAUGCAUUUCAAGGGAGAGAAAAGAGCAUCAUCAUUUUCUCAUGUGUACGUUCAAAUCGUCAGGCGCUGGAAAUGUUUAGAAACAGGGAUGAAUUAGAAAAUGCAAGUGGGAAUUUCUACCCACGUGGGAAAAGGGGAGGUCAUCGUAGUUAUAGUGACCGCAGUUUGGAUGACCCCCCUUUUGACGACGCCACUUCGGAAGAUUCCUGUGUUGACGAGCUGCACACGAAGAAGUGGUUCAACGUGGACCGGAAAUUUGGGCAAGCUGAGAAUGACUUCAAAUCGGUACAUAAUAAACGUGGAAAUAAUAUCGGGUUUUUAAAAGAUGAAAGAAGAUUAAAUGUGGCGCUUACCAGAGCGAAGGAUUGCUUAUGGAUCAUAGGAAAUAAAAAAAAUUUAGAAAAAAACGCAAUGUGGGAUUCGUUAAUAAAAAAUGCAGUUGCAAGAAAUUAUUACUCCGAUUUAGAUCUAAAUUUUGGCCGAAGCACCACAGAGGAAAACAUAAAAGGAAUAAUUGAUACGUAUUUUUCUCAAAUUGGUAAGAAUUCCACGGAAGGGGAAAACUGCAAGGAUGGUGAAAAUGACAUAAACCACGAGAUAUUUAGCUCAUCCAAUUCUGAGAGUAGCACAAAUGGAUUCAGAAAAAAUAACGGAAGUCUCUUUAAAGAAAGAAAAAAAUUUUCGCGAGUAAAUUAUAUCACUGGAACUGAGAAAAAAUUGAAAACCAACAUGAAUGCGAGUAGCGGGGCUCAACGUGAAUUCAUGUUCAGCAAGGCUUACACUGGCAACAGAUAUUGGGGGAAUGGCGAAAAUGGAAAAAAUGGAGCCAUAAGAAAUGGUAAUUUUGGGAGGAACGUAAAAAAAAGGCCAAACGAUGGCAAUAGAGAAGCCGAGCAGGAGGAACUGUCCCAAAAAAAAAGGAGACACAACAACUACUGA